CCUUGACUUUGACCACGACCGCCUCGUAAGUGCAUCUGAACUUGGGGCACUGCACUAUCUUUGACUAGAUUACAAAACUACUUAAAGCUCUUAGCGCUGCCAGAAUGUCCACAGUGACCAUACUCUCCACCGCGCCGCCCACUUCGACAAUGGUUGAUAUUCCCGCGAACGCGACCUCACAGGCCUCACCGCCAAUCGUGUACUUCUUCCGACUUGUUUUGAGCUUCGCUUCAGCUGCGUACUCGGCCUUAUUGCUGUCCUUCUCCUCAGCCUGGUCUCUCUUCAAGACAAUCCUCUUGCCAGUGCGCUCACUUCUCACUACGUUCUCGUCACCUCUCCUCUAUAUCCUCGCGCCCGUCAUCGUCCUCGGAAGAAUCUUGCUAGAGGUUCUUAUAUUUGCGCCAUACUCGCUAAUGACCGGCGCUGCCAGAGAGGUCUACCCAAUCUAUGUCUUCAUUGGCGCAACAUGCAUCUGGGCAGCGUUUGUUGGUCUCUGUGCUCGGGGAGUCACCCACUACAUGCGACUGUUGAUGUUCGGCCCAGAAGAUACUACCCCGACGCAUGAACGAGAGUCAGCGAAGAUAGCCGAAGUUCCUCGAGCGAAGGGAGCCAAGAAAGUGUCGAUUAAAGAGGAGACCGACGUGAAGACUAUUCUGCGGUGACCGAUAGGCAGUUUAUCACUUCUUUGUACGAAGUUCUUUC